UUAACAGUUGAAGUUUAAUUUUUAUUUUUAUCCUCUGAUUUUUCCCCCUUGUGGGAUUCACUCCCUCUCACUAAAACUUUAAACUAUCACAAACAAACAAAUUAUAAUUAACAGCUUUCGGUAUAGAUCGUUCCUUUUUAUGGGGUAAUAGAUUCAUUUUAAAUGGAUUUUUCAAACAUAUUGGCUAAUGAAAUCAAUGCUAAGAAGAAAGAUUUGAAGUUUAAAAAUGGGAAGAAGAAUAAGUUGAGCUUUAAAAGUGGUAAGAGUAGUAGUAAGAAACAGAAAGUUGUGGCGGAUCAAAUCAAUGAUAUAAUGAAGAUAAAUCAGAAUGAUGAGAAAGUGGAGAGUGUAUCCAAUGAAGUUAAACAGGAUGUUCCUAUAGAGAAUAGUACUCAGACUGAGAUCAUUAAUGAAAAGAGUGAUUCUAUAAUACUAUCUAAGGAAGAUACUGGUGAUAAUGAAGAACAAGACUUAGUUGAUUCAAUCACAGAUGAACAAUUGAUAACACAACUUGAACAACUUGACGAAGUAACAUCUACUCAAAACCUAACUAAACUUGAAAAGAUCAAACAUUUACAAACCAUCAUUGAAAUCAAUCGAAGAAAAGAAAAGUAUAAACUGAUUUUAGAAUCAGAAUCAAAAUAUAUUGGUGAUUCUGAUUUACAACUCAUUGAUUUACAAGAAUUAGAAGACAUUGAUGAUGAAACCAAGAAUCAAGAAAUAUAUAUAAAGAUCAGAGUUAUAAUCAAAUCAUUGAUUAAACAAUGGGAAGACUACAUCCUGAAUCAUCCUCAUGAACAACAACAACAAAUACCAUUGAUUCAUGAAACUAAACGAGAUCUUGUUACUUUAUUAUAUAAAUUACGAAGUUUCAAAUUAAGUUCUGAUAUGUUAAUUUCAUUAUUAACCGUAUUAUAUUAUAUUCAAACUCAUAAUUAUAAUCGAGCUAAUGAAAGUUAUAUGAAAUUAAGUAUUGGGAAUGUAGCAUGGCCCAUUGGAGUUGAACAUAUUGGGAUUCAUGCUCGAAGUUCAUCUACUAGAAUUAAUGGGAGACAUCACCAACAAAUCUCCAAUAUAAUGAUUAAUGAUAAGACUAAACGAUGGAUUACAAGUAUAAAGAGAUUAAUAACAUCUCAAGAGUUAAUUAAUAGACUGUAAUUGUAUAAUGUAUAAUGUAUAAUGUAUAAAUAGCCUUAGUGCUUAUGCUACCAAUCACAUGUUCGUACCACAUAUUAGGGUUACAACCCUU